ACUCGAUCCAAGAUCGUACGUGUCUCAGGCAGGCGAGUGAUUCGUCAGUGAGAAGGUAUCCUUCAGAACGCCGUCAUCAUCGACCCUUCACAUUUCGCUCGCACCGACAACGGUCGAUCGGCAACUUUGGAGCGUUGGUGUCACGCUCACAACCUCAUUACAGGCGCACUCCAAUAGCCCGUCUCUGCUCGGACACGCGUUUCCCUACUCAAGAUGGGGUUCCGAACAGGUUUCGUCCUAAGCGCCGUAGCGUUCCAAUUUGGAGUCAUCUACAUGGCAUCCAUCUACGACUUUCCCCUCUUGUACGGCAGCAGCCUCUCCUCCACAGAAAGUCUCGAAGCAGCCGACCGAGCAGAAUUCUUCUACUUGGGUCUUUUCAAAGCUCCCGCGGCCGUGCCUGCUCUGCUACACGGAAUGAUUGGGUUGGGAAUCGUUGGACUUUUGGCCAAGCUGCAUCGAUGGACAGAGAUUGCCAAGUGGUUCGAUGGUGCUGCCAUCGUCCUGUACGUUGGUGCUCUGUCCAUGUACCUGACCGUCUCGAUGCCAACCAUCAGACUACUGGCAGAUCCCAACAACGAAGCUCUCCUUGCUCGCUCCUCGCUGGCUACCCAACGGAGCACUUUGGCUGCAAGAGCAGAAGCUGGUCAGCUCGACGCAACGUUGGUCCCUUCUGGUCCCUUGACCGCUUCGGAGAGGGUGGAUGCGCUCAGAAUCAUAGGCGCUACGAACACCAUCAUCAUUCUGCUGCUGGCUGGCGUGUUGCUGAUGCAGGGGACGGAGUGGUGGUUGGAGAGAGCGGAGAGGCUGGAGAAGAAGGCUAUUAGGGACAAGGAGAUGAGCGAGUUGAAGUUGAGCAAGGCGGGCAAGGACCAGUGAAGCGAAUUAGGCUUGUAUGUGGUCAAGGGGACUCGGAAGCUGAGCAAUGUCUGUCACAAGACGCGGUAAUGUCACGUUUGUGUGAAUCGUG